AUGAGCUACCCCUUGGCCCUGGACAUGGACGUCAUCGUCAACUACAACCUGGAGUACCUGGAACUAGGAAACUACAGCGACAGCACGGACACCGCCCCCGUGGAGAGCCACAUCUGCGCGGCGGCCGAGGGGCCCCUGCUGACCUCCUUCAAGGCCGUGUUCAUGCCCGUGGCCUACGGCCUGGUCUUCCUGCUGGGGCUGGCGGGCAACAUCCUGGUGCUGGCCGUGCUGGAGCGGCACCGGCACACACGCAGCUCCACCGAGACCUUCCUGUUCCACCUGGCGGCCGCCGACCUGCUGCUGGUGCUCAUCCUGCCCUUCGCCGUGGCUGAGGGCUCAGUGGGCUGGGUCCUGGGCGCCGUCCCCUGCAAGGCCGUGAUCGCGCUGCACAAGGUCAACUUCUACUGCAGCAGCCUGCUGCUGGCCUGCGUGGCCGUGGACCGCUACCUGGCCAUCGUGCUGGCCGUGCACGCCUACCGCCGCCGCCGCCGCCUCUCCGUGCACGCCACCUGCGGCGCCGUGUGGCUGGCCGGCUGCCUCCUGGCCCUGCCCGAGCUGCUGUUCGCCAAGGUCAGCCAGCCCGCGCACAACGCCUCGCUGCCGCUCUGCACCUUCUCCCAGGAGAGCCGCGCCGAGGCCCGCGCCUGGUUCACCGCCCGCUUCCUCUACCACUUCGGCGGCUUCCUGCUGCCCAUGCUGGUGAUGGGCUGGUGCUACGCGGGCGUGGUGCGCAGGCUGUGCCAGGCCCAGCGGCGCCCGCAGCGCCAGAAGGCGGUCAGGGUGGCCAUCCUGGUGACCAGCGUCUUCUUCCUCUGCUGGUCGCCCUACCACGUGGCCAUCUUCCUGGACACCCUGGCCCGGCUGCAGGCCGUGGGCGACAGCUGCGCGCUGCACCGCUACCUGAGCGUGGCCAUCACGGGGGGCGAGUUCCUGGGCCUGGCCCACUGCUGCCUCAACCCCGUCCUCUACACCUUCGCGGGCGUCAAGUUCCGCAGCGACCUGUCGCGGGUGCUGGCCAAGCUGGGCUGCGCCGGGCCCUCCGGCCUCUGCCAGCUGCUGCCCGCCUGGCGCAGGAGCAGCCUCUCCGAGUCCGAGAACGCCACCUCCCUCACCACCUUCUAG